AUGCCACUCUACCUCAUUGCUGUCUCUUCCUCGUCUCGCCUCCUCGCGCUAGCCCGUCCCGCUGUCGAACGCCUCUGGCAAGAAGUCCAAUGCGCCUCUACGAGCGUCUCUGCCGUCUGGACGCCUGAGUCUGAGCCUGCCAUCUCCGACGAGCUCUCCUUCACCGUCCUCGGCGGCCCGUGGCGCAACAUCAACGUUCGGGACAUUGAAGAUCGUCCUCACGUUCCUGAUGCGCUCAUCAACGUCAACGCGGCGAGGCCUCCCAACGGCCCAGUCGCCGCGCAGCAACGGGGCGCCCCCGCUGCCGCUCCCGCGCCCGCCGCUCCCGCCGCGCCCGCUCAAGCCGCCGCCCCGCGACGCUCAGCCCGGAUUGCAGCUCGCGGCGCGCCAUGA